CCCGCAGAGCCCGCCCUUCUGUCCCGCCCCGCGCCGCGCCGCUGCGGCAGCCCCCGCGGAGCCCACUCGCCGCCUUCGCCUGACACACGGCAGCACGACAGUCUUAUCCAUCCAAUCGCUGCGAAAUGCCUACGGCGCUCCAGGGAAUGCGAGGGCAAGAAGAAGAAGAAGAAAAAAAAAGAAAAACGUAGACGACUUGAGUUAAGUAGCGCGAGGAACGGUAACAGCAUUUUUACCCGGUGCGUUUGUUCCAAGGAUGUAAAGCGCUCAGGUGGCGUCUGGGCCUCCGCGGUCGUACGCCGCAGCCGUGCCCACCGCCCUGUUGGUCGUCCUGCCGUCACCGCGUAGGAGGAUGGCGGCCUGGGAAGCCCUCGGCUGAGGAAGAAUUCUUGAGAGGACUUCCGUGCAAAAGAGAGAUAGGAAAACUCAUUCCUAAAUUCAUAUGGAAUCUCGAGGGAUCAUGAAUUGCCAAAAUGAUCUUGAAAAAGAACAAGAGAGGAGGAGGACUCACUUCUUGACUUCAAAAUUUAUUACAAAGCCAUAGCCACUGAAGGAAGAGAUCAAGAUGAAUGCAGAGCCUGAGAGGAAGUUCGGAGUGGUGGUGGUUGGCGUUGGCAGAGCUGGAUCUGUGCGGAUCAGGGACUUGCGGAAUCCACAUGCUUCCUCAGCAUUCCUGAACCUGAUUGGCUUCGUGUCCAGACGAGAACUUGGGAACACUGAUGAAGUCCAGCAGAUUUCUUUGGAAGAUGCUCUUUCCAGCCAGGAGGUUGAGGUUGCUUAUAUCUGCAGUGAAAGUUCCAGCCAUGCGGACUAUAUCAGGCAGUUCCUUAAUGCUGGCAAGCAUGUCCUUGUGGAAUAUCCCAUGACACUCUCUUGGGCAGAAGCUCAGGACCUGUGGACGCUGGCUGAGCAGAAAGGGAAGGUCUUGCAUGAGGAGCAUGUUGAACUCUUGAUGGAAGAGUUUGCAUUCCUGAAAAAAGAAGUGGUGGGGAAAGAUCUGCUGAAAGGAUCUCUUCUCUUCACAGCUGGCCCAUUGGAAGAAGAGCGGUUUGGCUUCCCUGCGUUUAGUGGCAUUUCUCGCCUGACCUGGCUGGUCUCCCUCUUUGGGGAGCUUUCUCUUGUAUCCGCCACAUUGGAAGAACAAAAGGAAGAUCAAUAUAUGAAAAUGACUGUGUGCUUGGAGACAGAGAAUAAACGUCCACUCACAUGGAUUGAAGAGAAAGGGCCUGGUCUAAAACGAAACCGACAUUUAAGCUUCCAUUUUAAAUCUGGUUCCCUGGAGAACAUGCCAAAUGUAGGAGUCAAUAAGAAUAUUUUCUUGAAAGAUCAAAAUAUAUUUGUCCAGAAACUUUUGGGUCAGUUUUCUGAAAAGGAGCUGGCUGCCGAAAAGAAGCGCAUCCUGCACUGCCUAUGGCUUGCAGAAGAAAUCCAGAAAUACUGCUACUCAAAGAAGUGAAGGAUGCCUGCAGCACUUCUAAGAUGGGACCAUAGUUUCCUUUUUAUGAAGAGUUGACCUUUAUUCUUACAAUUAAACAUAUCUUGGGUAAACAGA